AAUAGUAGUAAUAGCAGUAGUAGUGGUAAUUGCAGCGGUAGUAGUAGUGGUUGUAGUAGCAGUAGUGUAGCGUCAGCAGUAGUAAUAGUAGUCGUAGUGACAUGGAAUGAGAGGAAGAAAACUGGUGGAUGGUUUGUUGACGAAUGUUUACUUUUUGGUUCCAGGCCACAAAUGGCAUGUUAUACAAUUACUGCUAUUACAUAGCUAAAAACACUAUUACUACUACUAUUGCUGCUACUACUACUACUACUGCUACUACUACUACUACUACUACUACUACUGCUACUACUACUACUACUACUGCUACUACUACUACUACUACUGCUACUAUUGCUGCCACUACUCCUAACUGCCAUCAACUGCUACUAUUUGAUGCUUUAUGGGUACAAAUGAUGACUAUUAUUA